CGGCGGGGCGGGACUCGGAGGCAGCUUCGCGGGGGCGGAGCCUUGGCGUCAUCCUAGAAUAUUUCUCCCGGAGGUGACCCAGGGAAGGUUAUUGCGGUAGGCGAAUGUUGCAUGGAAGGAAUGAACACACCAGGCAAGAAUGAAUUCAACUCUGCCACACCUACCUCACCGAAGAACUACAUUUCCCUUUAUGCUUGGCGUGACGCGCUCCUAUGAAGGAAAAAGAGCAAGAGUUACUUCCGAAAGCUCCUUUUUCCUCCUACGCCUGCCGAUGACGCAGUGUUUUAUGGGAAAGGUAGUUCUAGCGCUCUUCGUCUGGCCGCCUUCAAACUGAACCUAAACUAAACUUCCCGGCAAGCGGCGCACUCGCCUGGGAAAGAGGGGCAAGAUGGCGGAUGCCGAGGAGUAUCCUUUGCGGCCGGCUGGAUCCUCCGCUGCCCCAAUUUCAUUCAGCUUCAGUCGCACAACUGCCCGGAGACGGCUGGCGGACCCGGUAGACGACGCGGGUGCGGCUCCAGAGGAGAAGGAUUUCUUGAAGACCGUGGAAGGGAGGGAGCUGCAAAGUGUGAAGCCCUCAGAAAACCCCAAGGAUCUCAUCAUCCCUUUGAUCCAGAAUGGCCAUCGCAGGCAGCCACCAGCCCAAGCUCCUGGGCCAUCCACAAAUACUGAGGCCUUGAUGGAUGGAGUGCUGUCCCAGGCUGUGAAGGAGCUCAUUGAGGACUCCAAGAAGUCCCUGGAGGAGAGAGAGAAUUCGGGUGUCGACCCCACGCUUGCUAUCCCCAUGAUCCAGAAAGGAUGCAUUCCUAACGGGGAAGGGGCAGACAGCGAACCCCGGGCUGAGACAGUGCCAGAGGAAGCUGAUUACGAGGCAGUCCCCGUAGAGGCCUAUGGGCUGGCCAUGUUACGAGGCAUGGGCUGGAAGCCUGGUGAGGGCAUUGGCCGCACCUUCAAUCUAGUGGUGAAGCCCCGUCUCAACUUACUGAGGCCGAAGGGGUUAGGGCUGGGUGCCAACCUGAAUGAGGUCCAGGCCCUAGUCCCCACUGGCCCCCACCACCUGCCAAAGCCAGAUGAAGAGCAAGAGAAGGCUAAGGAAGACCAGCCUCAAGGACUGGUGCCUGGAGGAGCUGUGGUGGUUCUUUCUGGCCCUCACCGAGGCCUCUAUGGGAAGGUAGAAGGCCUCGAUCCUGACAAUGUUCGGGCCAUGGUUCGCCUGGCCGUGGGGAACCGCAUGGUUACUGUUAGUGAGUACUGCCUGCGCCCUGUCUCCCAGCAUGAGUUUGACAAGAACACCUUGGAUCUCAGCCAGAUGAACAAAACUUCCCCAGGGCAACAGAAUGGAACAGCCUCAUCAUGGAAGGCCCUCCGGGAUCAGGACCUCCCCAGCUGGCGGGAGGACUCAGAGAGGAAGCGGAAACACCUUCCCGACCGACAGGGGGAGCCCGCAGCCAAGAAUGAGAAGGCAGGUCCCCAGAGCCAGCACUGGUUGCACAGGGACCUGCGUGUGCGCUUUGUGGACAGGCAGCACAAAGGUGGCCAGUAUUACAACACCAAGAUGACCAUUGAAGAUGUCCUCAGCCCAGAUACCUGUGUGUGUCGAACAGAUGAAGGCCGGAUUCUGGAAGGCCUGAAGGAAAACAUGCUGGAGACCCUGGUCCCCAAGGUCGAAGGCAACCGGGUGAUGGUGGUGCUGGGGCCACAGGCUGGAAGGGUGGGCCGCCUACUAGGCCGGAACAGAGAACGGAGCCGAGCUCUGGUGCAGCUGCGGAGAGAGAAUCAGCUGGUGGAGCUUCACUAUGAUGCUGUCUGCCAGUACAUGGGCCCCAGUGAUUCGGAUGAAGACUGACCUGUGGCCCCACUCCCACCCCAGGCCACUGCCAGCUCUGUACAGUGUGAAAAGCCUGUCUUUGCAGAGGCGGAGCAGUAAUCCUUCCAUCUUCCACUUGCACUGUCGCCCCAGGACAGGGCAAGGGCAGGACAUGAGACAGAUGGACCAGCAGGGAGGCUCGAAACAAACCCUAGUAUUUUCCAGAAGUCAGUGUGUAAUAAAAAUCAUUUCCCAAACUUUGUAAAAUGAUGAGAUCCUUAAUGUGCACUGAGCUGAAUGGACAUGGAGCUGGGCUGGCCGAGGUGGGAGCCACUCCAGACUUCAGCCCCACUGCCCUGCAUGGGCUGGCAAGACAAGUCAAAAAUCUGCUGCUCACAAGCUCAUUCUUGGACUACCGAAGCUACGCAGUCUGUCCCUUAAGCAGAUAUUACAGAGUCCAUAAUGCUACAUGUCCGCACAGCUUUCUGAACAAGAAUCUGGUGACAGCUAUGCUUUUACCCUUUUACUCUUGGUCUAGACCAGAUAUCUAGAAAAUAUCUUGAGCCGGUGAUGAGAGUCCAGAGGAAAGAGAGGCUUCUACCCACAAAUAGGGUGUGUUUGUAACCAGUUAGUUUGGGGACACCCCUGUUUUAGCCCACAGACUGGCUUAAAAGUAAAAAAAAAAAGGUUUGUGUAUCCCAGGUAGAAUUUCUCUGAUUGCUCCAGGUAACUGGACUCUCAAAAAGGUUAUUGUCAGACAGUCCUUAAACUUUUUCCUGUUUAAUGGGCUGAGCUACAAAAUCAGCAAGAGGAGCCAGAGCUUUAGGCAUGGUUGCUUCUAAAUCAUCCCAAUCACUAAGUUGCUGAUGUAAUAAAUGGUGUCUGAGUUAGAUCUAGACCACUGGUAUAAACUUAUGACAUUGUCAGAACAUGGCACAGUGCUGGCAAAUUUUUUAAAAGUAACUGAAUUGUCAUAUUAAAAUUCUUACAACUCUUUUUCUAAUAAAAUCUUUUUUAAAAAUA